GACCAUCAGAAAUUUGAGAAGAAGUACAAUGCUGAGAUGGUGAAGGGGGGCGUGUCAAAGGAGACCAAGUUUGAAUAUGCAUGGUGUCUGAUCCGGAGCAAGUAUUCCGACGACAUUAAGAAAGGAAUUGUUUUGUUGGAAGGUGGGUAGCCUACAGUAUUUGUGUACUCAGAAGGCUGUCAAUAAGAUGUCCUUACAAAUGCCUCUCUAAAUAGCUACGAAUAUGAGUGAUUGGAUUUCUAACUUAUUGGAAUGAAAUUCUGACAUAGUGCAAUGCAAUAUGCAUUGGCCUACUUAACCCGCCUAUAAUAAUGUUACUGGUACUAUUGCUCAAUUUUUUUUAUAGAGCUGGUUAACAAGGGAUCAAAGGACGAUGCCAGAGACUUCCUGUUCUACCUAGCUGUGGCAAACUACAGACUGAAGGUGAUGUUCAUUGUACUACUAUAUUACCCAUAGGUUUUAAGACACAGCUCACUAGAUAACUCCAUUUCCCAUCUCUCUUGAGUUAUUUGAGGAAGAUAUCAUAGCACCUUUUACUCAAUUGUAUCUCUCUUUAUCACUCACUAUCUCUUUAUCGCUCCAUAUAUCUCUUUAUCAUCACAGGAUUAUGAGAAAGCUCUAAAGUAUAUCCGCACUCUCCUGAAGAAUGAACCGGGCAACAACCAGGCCUUGGAGCUGGAGAAGCUAAUAGAUAAGGCUCUAAAAAAAGGUGAAUGGGGAGGCCAAGGAACACCUAUCAAGGCUGGUUCUCAAUAGGUCUAAUUUGCAUAAUUUUAUGAUCACUGAUCAGGCAGGACAUGAUGGGUAGAAGCUGGAUAGGUAUUGGUAAUAAGGGCAAUGUUAAUGUUUUGAUGUCACUUUUUUCCCCACACAGAUGGCUUUGUUGGCAUGGCAAUCGUCGGAGGAAUCUGCCUGGGUGUGGCAGGAUUAGCAGGCCUCAUUGGAUUGGCUGUGUCCAAGGGUCAUGGUCCAAGGUCCUAAUAUGGAGUGGGGAGGGCCUUAGCUUUGCUAACACACCUCAAAGAAAGACUGACAUGCCCUCCUUAAACUUCUCCCCCAUAACAAAUUCAAACUAAGGUUUGAAAUGGCUGCCGUUUCCCAAGAUGAGAAGACCACCCGUGGCUCUCCCAAAACAUUUCACUCAUAUUGUCCAUGGAAUAAUGUUUGGGGAUUGGUUUCUGAAAAUAGCCUUACAUUUACUUAAAUUGUCUUCAUAUUUUAACAGGUGUUUUUGAUUCCAGUGAAUUUGACAUGUAUAUUCAUACAGGGGUUUAACGUGGCACUUUGUCUUCCAUAUUAUACAUUGUAAAUAAGUGUGAUGGAACAUGUUACUGAAUGGCAUCUCUUGACUUACUGACCUCAGUAUGUUAGCAUGCAUCCUGAGCAUCCACUUUGAGUUAGCAUCUAAGCAUGCAGUGGACUGUAAUUAAUUUAUUUAUAAAAGUG